CAACGCUGUUUUCUGUUUUUCUCUUUCCUGGCAUAUCAAUCAAAAUUGCAACCUUAUUGCAAACUAUUGGGAAUUUUUGCAUAGAAAAAAACAGAACGGAAAAGGAUAAAUUGCAAAAAAAUAUUGCAAAUUCGCCACAAAAAUAUUGUUAUUUCGUUAUCAAGUUAUCAACUAACGUAAAUCUUAUAUCCUACAAAAAUGAAUAUAAAUUUGCCAAACUUUAAUGUGAAAAAUCUUGUGAAGGAGGCGGGGAGUACAUUAUCCAGAGUAGUGCAGCUGACGGAGGAAAAACUCGGUACCACCGAACGCACUGAAUAUGAUAAUGAGUUCCAGAAUCUGGCUGAACGUGCGGAUUUAACAAAAGCAUGGACAGAAAAGAUAGUACGCGACACCGAAACGGUAUUGAUACCGAAUCCGCAGAAUCGCAUUGAAGAUUUUAUUUUUGAUAAAAUUGAAAAAACAAAACCGCAACGAUUGAGCAAUUUGGAGCACUUGGCAUUGGAUAUGAUUGAGGCCGGUGGAGAUUUUGGACAAGAUCUACCGUACGGUCAAGCUUUAAUAAAAGUUGGACAAGCAGAACAAAAACUCGGGCAGUGCGAGCGUGAUUUCAUUGCCUCAUCUGGUAUAUGUUUUACUCAGCCUUUGCGCAAAUUUUUAGAAGGUGAAAUGAAAACCAUUACAAAAGAGCGUGGCAUAUUGGAAACAAAACGCUUGGACUUAGAUGCAUGCAAAAAUCGCGUGAAGAAAGCCAGAAGUAUGCUGGGUCAACAGGCGAAAGAUGGUAUCUCCCCUGAGGUAGUUCUAGAACAGGCCGAACGAGAUUUACGUGUUGCACAAGCAGAAUUUGAUCGCCAAGCAGAGAUAACAAAGGUAUUGCUGGAAGGAAUCAGCACAUCGCAAGCAUCGCAUUUACGCCAUUUGCACGCAUUUGUAGAAACGCAAGUACGUUACUAUAAGCACUGCAUUGACGCAAUGAAUAAUUUGCAGCGCGAUUUGGCCAAAAUGCGACCCGUAAAGCCGCGCCUACGCAUAAACAGUGAAGAUGUGGAUGGGCCUCCCAAUACGAUUAACUACUCGAUUGUCCAUCCAACAGCUAAAGCAAACAAAUUCGAUUCACGUGAAACGAAUGAUGAAUUUGAUAAUGAUGAAGAUUCAAAUAACUUUCAUACAAUUGAUAUAAAUAACGAUAGUAUAAAUUUUAAUGUAGAUAAAGAAAAUACCAGUAGCACAUGGAAGAGUCAAACAAAUAAUACAAACCCUUUUGCGACCACGCAAAUUUUAGAGCAGUACGAUAUAGAAUUCGACACCAGUGCAAUAACAUCGGUUUAGAAAAAAUGUACCUGCAAAUUUAAUAUGUGUGCAACGGAAAUAAAUAAGGUUGUGUUAUUCUCGAAGUAUUGUCUGCUAAAAAAUUUAAAAAUAGGCUUUCUUAAAUUGUUUAAAUUUACUACUUAUCAAUUUUCAAAACUUAAUAGUAAAAAUAAGUUUUUUGAAAGAACCUAAUCAAACCAAAUAAAAAUACUUAUAUGCCAUUUUUCAUAAUUAAAAGGUAAAGAGAGUUCUAUCGAAAUAAGUUAACUAAACUGCGUAUUUUUAAAAGCUUAAGGGUGAAAAAGGUUUGACGAUAUUUACAUGCGAUUGCUUAUAUAUAAACAAACUAAACAAUUUUAGUAAUGAGUCAAAAAGAUUGAAAAUGAUG